UUCAUCGGUACUUCACAAUAGACGGUUCAUCAAUCUACAAAAAUUGUGAUUUCAAAAUGCAAGUUGAAGAGACAUACCAAGAUUUCGAUACAACAAAAGUAGUUUGUACGAGCAAAGAACUACCAUGCAGCCUUCAAGCGUCGUUGGAGAAAAUAGCUCAAAAAGAAGGUUAUCUUAAAUAUAAAAUACUAAGUAGGUCGAUAUCCACUGAAGGAGGAAAUUAUAUGGCUAAGUUGUAUGAGGUAGACAUUAAAGGAAAAACACCGGUCGGUGAAAAGGAAACGAAUAUUUUUAUAAAGCAUUCCAUUCCUGAAUUUAAUUUAGCUGAUGUGUCAGAAAUAUAUUGUAGAGAACUGUUCUUUUAUAAUGAAGUGAGCAAAGUCUUUACUGGACUUGAAGACGAAGGCAAGAUCCCAGUAGACGAAAGGUACAGAUCAGCUAAAUCUUACUAUGAAAGUAACUCAGAAGCUAUUAUAUUACAAAAUCUAGCCAAAGAUGGUUUCACAACAGUUUUUAGAAUGGAUGUAAUGCCGUUAAGGUUUGCUGAAUUAUCAAUACAACAGCUCGCAAAGUUUCAUACUUUAAGUUUAGUUAUGGAAAGGAAACGACCAGAAUUUUUUGCAAAGAAAAUUAAAAACUUAAAGCAAAUUAUGCAAUUUGAGGAAAAAAAUCUGGAUUUCUGCAAAAGAAUGUUCGACACUUCAGUAGCAAUAUUAGAGACAGAAACAAAGAAGAAAUUAAAUGGUAAUUAUUCACAACUAUUGGAAAAGUAUAAGAAAUAUAUAAGUGGCGAUGGAACAAAGUUUAAGUGUCUAUGCCAUGGUGAUUACAGAAUGAAUAACAUAUUAAUGAAAAUGAAGGAAGGUGAAAUAACAGAAGUGAUACCUGUCGAUAACCAAAUAAUAUUAUACGGUUCUCCGAUGGCUGAUUUCGUGUACUUCAUUUACGGAGCCACUGACAGGGAAUUCCGAAAGAAUCAUUUGGACCAUUUAAAGGACCUGUACUAUGCAACUAUGAAGAACUACCUCAAAUACUUUGAAAUGGAUGUAAAUGAAACAUAUCCAAGAAAACUAUUUGAAGAUAAUUUUCAUGAAUGCACAGAUUUUGGAUUAUUAUCUUUGUUAUUUUUGGGUCCAUUCUUUUUCGCGGACGAAAACGAAGUUCCAGAUUUAAGUAAAGAUGAUUUAUCAACGCACACAGUUAGCGUUGAUCUUAAAUUUAAAGAUAGAUUACAAGAAGUCGUACAAGAAAUGAUUGAAAAUGACAAACUAUAAUAAAUUGUGAAUGUAA